UCUGAUUCAGUCGCAACUUGACGCUCACGUGGUACAGACGUAGAAACCAGAUACAAUUUUUAGAAAUGGCACCUAUAGCACAAUGUGAAAUGAACGAAUUGAACGAGGAGUCCAUGUCCAGGACGGAUCAGUACAGGAAGGUGAUGAAACCUCUCCUAGAGAGAAAGAGAAGAGCACGGAUUAAUGCCUGUCUUGAUGAACUCAAGGAUCUCAUGGUGUUCGCUCUGCAGACAGAGGGAGAAAGCAUCUCCAAGCUGGAGAAAGCUGACGUGUUGGAGUUGACUGUGAGACACUUGAGGAAGCUGAAGAGACAGCAGAUGUUGGCCUUGAACCCUGGACUUGAUCUGGAUAGAUUCCAUGCAGGAUAUACUGCCUGUGCUACUGAAGUAAGCAAAUGUCUUGCUUCUACCGGAGUAGAUAUUACAGUUGGAUCUCGUCUUAUGUCUCAUCUUGGUCAUAAACUAAACACAAUAGAAACCUCAAGAGUUUCUCCUUUGAGAGUAAGAGUUCCAUCCUCUCCCUCAUCAGACUGUGGAUACUCUUCAGGAAGAGAUUCAUCUCCUUCUCCGAGCAGUAUUAUUUCUCCUGUUUCCGGACUUUUACAGAUCAGUCCUUCCAUCAAACCUGAACCUCAGCUCAGCCCUGUCUGGAGACCCUUCUAACUUGGCAGAUUUUUCCUAAAAUAUAGUAUUUACUACACAACACAUCAGUUUGGCUUCCAUAAUUAUUAUUUUACAACUCGUACUGUGAUAUAUGCACAAUAAAAAUAAAUAUAUAUUUAUUCUUCAAA